AAAAUUUCUGGAAGACAUUGUAAAUAUGUUUUUCAUUCUCUUGUGCUUACUGGGAGUUUUAGUGCUAGUUUUUCUUUAUCGAGAAAAACAUUACUCAUCAAAUUAUUGGGAAAACAAAGGAAUCAAAUCAUUUAAAGCAUUAUGGUUAACCGAUAAAGUGAUUCGAUUAGUUUUUCAACGUGUAUCUCUUGCUGAAACUAUUCUAUCUUAUUAUAAUGCUGUACCAAAUGAAAAAUGCGUUGGUUUUGUGGCAUUUAAUAACGCUACAUUAAUAAUACGUGAUACGGAAUUAAUUAAACAAAUAACCGUAAAAGAUUUUGAUUAUUUUACGGAUCAUCCAAAAACAUUCUUUGUUGAAGGUGUUGAUGGAUUAUUAGAUAAAAAUCUAUUUGCUUUAGACGGUGAUACAUGGCGUGAAAUGAGAGCAACAUUAAGUCCAGCAUUUACUGGUGCUAAAAUUCGUGGAAUGUUUCAAGUGGUCAACGAAUGCGGCGAUCAAAUGGCUGCAUUUUAUUUGAACGAAAUUAAAAAAUUGGGUGGUGAUUCAAAACAUAUUGAAUUGGAAUUAAAAGAUUCAUUUACACGAUUCACUAAUGAUGUAAUUGCCAAUACGGCAUUUGGUGUAAAAUGUAAUUCAUUUCAAGAUAAAAAUAAUGAAUUUUAUUUAAUGGGACGCGCUGCGAUUAAAUUUAAAGCGUGGCGAAUAAUUUUAUUGAGUUUAAUUCCAGCAGUUUUAAACAAGGUGUUAAAAUUUACUGCUAUACCAAUUUACGUUUGUGAUUACUUCCGGAACUUAGUCAAACAUACGACAACAAUCCGAAAGCUUCAGAAUAUUAUUCGAAAAGAUAUGUUGCAUUUAUUAAUGGAAGCACAAAAGAGUACAUUAAAAUAUGAAAAUUAUAUCGAGUAUAAAGAAUUCGCUGCAGUUGAUGAAUCAAUAAAUUCGUAUGGCAAAGCUAGAACAUUGGAUGACGAAGACGUCGCUGCUCAAGCUUUUAUCUUCUUUUUAACUAGCUUUGAAUCAACAUCGACCGCAAUGUGUUUUGUAGCUUAUGAAUUAGCUUUGAAUCCUGAUAUUCAACAACGUUGCUACGAUGAAAUCCAUGAAAUUUUAGAAUCGACUGAUGGUAAACUUUCAUACGAUGCCGUACAAAAGAUUAAAUAUUUAGAUAUGGUAAUUUCUGAAACAUUACGAAAAUGGCCACCAGCAGUUGCAACAGAUCGUGUUUGUACAAAACCAUAUACGCUUAAUGUUGAUGGAAAAGAUAUAUUUCUUGAGAAAGGCACAAAUAUUGAAAUACCUAUUUAUGGUAUACAUCAUGAUCCACAAUUUUAUCCAAACCCAGACAAAUUUGAUCCAGAACGAUUUAGUGAUGAGAAUCGACAUAAUAUUGAUCCAAUGACAUAUUUACCAUUUGGUGUUGGACCAAGAAAUUGUAUUGGUUCAAGAUUUGCUUUAAUGGAAAUUAAAGUUGCUAUGUUUCAUUUAAUUAAAAAUUUUGAAAUAAUUCUUACGAAUAAAUCAACAGUGCCACCAAAACUGACGACUUCGACCUCAUGCCUUGGAAUUGUUGGAGGAUUUAAUGUUGGAUUAAGACCCAGGCCAAUAGAUCACACAAGUACAUAUUUAAUAUAGUUUUUUUUGUAUAGUUUAAAAAAUUUAUCUUAUAAGGAGA